UCUUCUCUGGAGGUGGCAGCAACAAGAAUUAUCCAGGAAGCGAAAAGCAGUCCUCGCAGCCAAAGCUACCAGUGCCUUCAUCUUGGACUUUCCAACCUCUGGAAGGAAAAUAUUGUUGGGCGGCUGCGUCGGCGGCGGUGACGGGUGGGAAAUGGCGGAGUCCUUGGCCUCCAUCUUCAGCACCGAGAAGGACAAAGUCAACUGUUCGUCUUAUUUCAAACUUGGAGCAUGUCGUCAUGGAGACAGAUGCUCUGGGUUGCACAAUAAACCGACCUUUAGCCAGACCAUCGUGCUCCUGAACAUUUACCGUAACCUCCAUAACUCCUCCCCGUCUGCCGGCGGUUUGCACGGUGCUGUGAGCGAUGCUGAAAUGCAGCAACACUAUGAUGAGUUUUUCAAGGAAGUGUUUACAGAAAUGGAGGAGAAGUACGGGGAAGUGGAAGAGAUGAACGUCUGCGACAACGCGGGAGACCACCUGGCGGGGAACGUCUACGUCAAGUUUCGCCGCGAAGAAGAUGCGGAAAAGGCUGUGAUGGACUUGAAUAACCGCUGGUUUAACCGGCAGCCGAUCCGCGCUGAGCUCUCGCCUGUGACCGAUUUCCGAGAAGCCUGCUGCCGCCAGUAUGAAAUGGGAGAGUGCACCCAAGGCGGCUUCUGCAACCUCAUGCACCUGAAGCCCAUUUCCAGAGAGCUGCGGCGGGAGCUGUACGUACGCCGGCGCAGAUCGGGGUCCGGGUCGGGAGAGGGGCGCUCGGGGUCUAGAGACGGAGGUCCUGGCAGCUGCCCGCGGCGGUGGACCGGAGCGUGA